GAAAGGUUAGAUGGAGGAACGAACGUAUGGCGUAAGUUGGACAAGAUUAAAGGUCCAUCAUCGUGACUUUUAGCAUCGCAAGCGUAGAUGUAACAUCUUCAUCCAAGGGACAAUUCCCGUAAGAGAUGUUCGAGUUCUUUUCCGAUCUUCCGUUUCUACUUUUUGCAAUCGGAAUUCAUGCGAGAAAAUGACAUGAGGUUCAAUGGCAUUGAGUCUGUUGAAAAAAAGCCGCCCAGAAAUUGCCAUGCAAACCAUGCAAGCAGUUUUCCCAAUAAAUCUCCGUGAAUAGUUACCCUAAAUUCUUGAGACGCCCCAAUCUCUAUCCAACACUAGACCUUUUUCAUUCAUCCUUAUAAAUCAUCCCCAAAUUUGAUCAGUGGAAACCUCACGCAUAAACGAUUUAGAAUAUCAAAUUCGGCGAGUGGGUUCCCGCCAAAACCUUUCAGCAAAUCCCAGCAAAGCGGGUGGGAAUAGGGAAAUCCAAAAAAGACUGCCGUCAUCAGUGUUCAUAUCCCGACAGGCCGUCAUCAUAAUAGGAGAUUUCCGAAUUUCUGUCGAAGCUCCUUUUUUUAUUGAAGCUGGGCGUCCUGGUCGCAUUACACGUUCUAUUGCGGUUAUCCUUAUCGUUUUCUUGCUGCGUGAGCCUUCCAACAUGGGCAAAAUAUUCAAAAUGGAUGAGCUGUUCCGUAAAUAUGAGGUUGGGCAAAUGCUCGGGACUGGGGCAUUCUCUGAAGUCCGCAUCGGCGUCGAACGUGGUAACGGCAAGAAACAUGCCAUCAAGAUCAUCGACAAAUCCAAAUGUAAAGGGAAGGAAGGCAUGAUCGACACUGAAGUCAAAAUCCUCCAGCAAGUCCGGCACGAGAACAUCAUUCAGCUAUAUGAAAUGUACGAGAAUGAAAGCAAGAUUUGCCUGGUCAUGGAACUUGUGACAGGGGGUGAACUCUUUGAUGAUAUCGUGAAGAGAGGCAAAUAUACCGAGGUUGACUGUGCCCGGAUCGUCCACAAGGUGUUGCUAGCUAUCGACUACUUGCACAGUUUGGGAAUUGUACACCGGGACCUGAAGCCUGAAAAUCUCUUGCUAUCCGACAAAUCCAAGCGUCCAAAGAUCAUGAUUAGCGACUUUGGUCUAUCCAAGAUCUUUAAUGAUGAGGAGGUUAUGAAGACUGCUUGUGGAACACCCGGUUACGUCGCACCGGAAGUCCUAAGACGCCAGGGAUAUGGCAAGGAGGUGGAUCUCUGGUCAUUGGGUGUUAUCACCUACAUUUUGCUUUGCGGAUACCCUCCUUUCUACGAUCAGAACAAUGUGGAGCUGUUUAAACUGAUCAUGGCGGGUCAAUACAGGUUUGACCAUCCUUGGUGGGAGCCAGUAUCAGACGUUGCCAAGGACUUUAUCCGCAAACUGUUGGUCUUGAAUCCCCGGGAGCGAGCAACGGCGGCACAAGCGUUGCAGCACCCGUUCAUCACACUGAACUGCGGUCACACAGCUCCUCCACAGCCAGUCCCAGCCACGCCAGUAGACGAAGGCGUGGAAAAGGAAGCAAAUAACCUGGCUCCCAACGUGAAAUCCAACCUACAGAAGGUGUAUAGUUCCAAAUCUUCCUUCAAGCAGAACGACGGAACAGGACCAACCACUGACCCGGUCACCAUCCCUAUGGAUGUCGAAGAUGACACGCCGGGCCGGCCACUUUCUGACAAAACCGAACUUCAUGAUAGUGGGAUUGUGACGAGUCGCGAAUCCGUCACAAAGGACAAGAGUAAACACGGAAAGGGGUUCUUUAAUCGGUGGUUUGGUAAGACCAACAAGGUUGCGGCGGGUGCACCAGAAAGAUCGGAGCGCAGAUCCGCAUAGUGUCAUUGUGCUAGCCUUUCUCAUGUGUUUUUUUGGGGAGACUGUUACCUUCUGAGGGGUUGAAUAAAUACCGUUCCAUUUGUGGUCCUCA